UGGCGCGUCACGUGGCGUCGCGCGGGUGGCUCUGUCCCAACAUGGCGGCUCUGCGGGUUGCGCUGAGGCCUUGUCCGCCUGCGCUGAGCCGGGGCCGGGCCGGGCCCUCGGGGCCGCGAAGCACCCGGCAGCUCCGAGAGGCGGACGAGGCUGCGCCCGUGUUCCAGUACGCGGGGAGGGCGGCCGGGAGGAAGCACCGCGUGUUCGUGUGGGGCUUCUGCUUCGCGGGAGCCCUGGGCCUGCCCAGUUUCGUGAGGCCCGACGCGGGGUGGAAGAAACCGCGGCGCAUCCAGACCACGCCGUACCGGCUGGAGACCGAGGAGAGGAUAUCUUCUGCUGCCUGCGGUUAUGGAUUCACACUGCUGUCCUCUAAAACAACAGACAUCACCAAAGUGUGGGGCAUGGGGCUGAACAAGGAUUCCCAGCUUGGAUUCCAGAGAAGCAUAAGAGAUCGAACUAAGGGCUAUGAAUAUGUCUUGGAACCAUCUCCAAUUCCAUUACCGCUGGAGAAGCCGCAGCAGACUCGAGUCUUGCAAGUCUCCUGUGGGAGAGCCCAUUCGCUGAUCCUGACAGACAGUGAAGGAGUUUUCACCAUGGGGAACAAUUCUUACGGACAGUGUGGCCGGGAGAUUGUUGAAGAUGAAACAUACAGUGGAAGCCAUCUUAUUCAUCAGCUGAAUGAAUUCGACGGCAGAGUUGUCCAGGUGGUGUGUGGGCAGGACCACAGCCUGUUUAGAACCAAGAAAGGCGCUGUGUAUGCAUGUGGAUGGGGAGCUGAUGGACAAACAGGUCUUGGACACUACAACAUCACCAGUGUUCCUACCAAGCUGCAUGGUGAUAUUGCUGGAGUAAACAUUAUCCAGGUCUCUUCCUAUGGGGACUGUUGUCUGGCUGUUUCAGAUGAAGGAGACGUCUUUGGUUGGGGAAAUUCAGAGUACUUGCAGUUGGCGUCUGUCACAGAAACCACUCAGGUGAAUGUUCCCAGACAUUUGCCAUUCAAGAUUGGGAAGAUAAAGGAGGCUGCGUGUGGAGGCACUGGAAAUGUUGUGCUAACAGAAGAAGGAAAUGUUUUUGUCUGGGGAUAUGGAAUUCUUGGGAAAGGACCAAACCUCACAGAGACAGCAGUGCCAGAGAUGAUCCCACCCAGUCUUUUUGGCUGCUCAGACUUCAAUCCGGACAUCCGUGUUGCUCACGUUCGCUGUGGACUCAGCCAUUUUGCAGCGAUUACAAACAGAGGAGAACUGUUUGUGUGGGGGAAGAAUAUAAGAGGGUGCCUGGGAACUGGAAGAAUGGAAGACCAGUAUUUUCCAUGGAGGGUGACUGUGCCCGGUGAGGUGGUGGACGUUGCCUGUGGAGUUGACCACAUGGUGGGCAUGGUGAAGUCUUUCACCUAGUGAUACUACUGGGCCUCAGCGCUGUGCUGACACAACGGGAGACUUGGUGACAAGCUUCUUGGAAAGGAAGACUCGUUCCGUGAAGCCCAGCAAGAAGUGACUGUGAGCAGGGACAGCCAAAGCAGUGCCUAGGGUGUGUUGUCAUGUCGGCAUCGUUGGAAUGAUAUGGCCUGGCUGCAAGAGAGAUUUACAUUCCCUAGGGAGUGUAGAAUUGCAGGGAGUGCUCUGGCUGGUUGGUGGUGAGCUCCAGAAGAGUCUGAAGCCCAGCCCGCAGCUGGAGAGUCCUUCUGUGUGUAAGGAUGAAGAACAUCUCCCUCCGGCAAGACUGACACGAGAUGGAAGCUAUAGCACAGGACAUUGAUUUAUGGAUGCUUUCCCUGUCACCAGCUGUGGAGCGUCAGUGUUGGGCUGCGGCAAACUAUUUCUCAAGGGAAAGGAUUUUUUAGUAACUAUUUUUGAUGGGAAGGAAAAGCCAUGCUGGCUGUUGGAGUCUGGCACAGCUGUCCCGGUCAUCCUCCACCAGCUGCACUCUGCCCAGGCCCCUGUUCCAUGUGGAAGCUGUGCACAGCCAGCGGCCUGGAAGCAGUGGUGUGCUUUUAUCCCAGGCUGUGGCAGGCUUUCAGUACGGACUCCAAAGACUGAACAUCCAAGGACCAUGUUUAUUAAACUGGAAAAGUGAGAACUUGUUUGCAGGGGGGAAGCACUGUUAAAUAUAAGACAGCUUGGAAAGAUCGAUCCUAGGCUGCCCUUGCUGAGGGAGAAUGGCUCGGUGGUGGCAGCUGCUGGUCUUGCCUCUUUGUGGAGGUAGGCGGGAAACAAAGCUCUUCCUCUUGGCUACCUGCAGGGCGGGUGCUGGGGCAGUGGAGAGCAGCGCUCACUGCUCAUUGGGUACUUUUGUCUCUAUGUGCUGUUCACAGACCACUGCCUCUGGGUUUUUUUGGGGGGAGUUCCUGCUUUCUUUCUGUCUUUAGGGAUGGUGGCUCUGUUCCAGUGGGCCCUUUAAAUUAGCCAGACUUUUAGUAGUGCCAGUAGGGACAGGAGUCACAGUGAGCAAGCAGCAGCGCCUUGCUUCUUGGUACCUGCUUAGCAGAGAAGUUGCGGUGAGUGCAAUUAGGACACGGUUAGCUGCUGGAGAUGGGGUGCAACCACAGUAGGUACCUGUAGCAGGCACUUAGCAGGUGUCACACUGGAAUGUGGGAAUCUGUCUCCUCUGAAAUAAUCCAGACGCUAGGCAGAGCAGUAUCAAUUCUCUUGGUGUGGGAUGCUUCUACUGUGUAAAUUGUUUUGGCAAGAUCCAAGCUAAUAUGUUUUUAAUAAAGUGAUUAUAAAGUCCUCAUCAGUAUUAACAGGAAUGUUCUCGAGCUUGCCUUCACAUAUGAGCUGCUCUUCCUUGCAUUCUGCAUUUCAACUUCGGCAUUUCUGUUCACAGUGGUGUGACAGGAACCCUCGUCUGUCAGCAGAGACCUCUGCACCCGCAGGACUGGUGUGAUUGUGGGCAGACAGCUGUCCCAGGGACACACACUCAUAUUUUGGCUCUGUGAGAUGAAACUCAUCAAUCUCUUGAGUAAUUACCAAAACUCAGGGGGUAAAAUUGACUUUGAAGUAAGUCUUGAAGGGCUUUGCAUCAAAUUAGGACAGGUGAAACAAAGUACACAGAAAUAGAAGUGCAUGGGUUGCUAUUAAUGUUACUGUGUAGCACUGUGAUGGGUUGAGGCAGAGCGAGCAGAAGCUAUCAUUGAAUUGUGGCAGGUGUUUGCUGCUGUGCAUUCCCAUUAAGUCAGCUUUAAUUCACACCUCCUCCUACACUUGACUUGGGCAACUGGAGCUGCCCAAACGUGUCUCUGGCCUCGUGGGAGCAGCUCUGCCCUUUGAACAGGAGGAAGCUUUAAAGCAUUGGAAACAAAUACCAAAACCCAUGGUAAAGGCAGUUUUCUAAACCCUUCCCUCUGUGGAUACUGCUGUUUGAGGAGGGCGCACAGCAUCGCUGGUUGGUGCCCGGCAGCGCUGCAGGCUUUUCGCUGCUCAUGUUCACACGGGCAUCCGGCUGCUGUGUGGGGCUGGGCCUUGGGGAGAGCUGGGAUGAGAAUUAACGCUGUGUUGUACCUGGCUAUUUCACAGUCUUGCUGUGCAAUAAAUUGCAAAAUCUGUGUGUUAAUGAGACG